CGAGCUCCUCGUGCACUAUUGUUUGACAGUUCUUUUUUUUUAUUUUUUUAAUGGAGCACUGUUAUCAAAUUUAUCAAUUGUCACUACCGAAAUUAGCCAAGAUCUAUAACAAAAGCUGGUUUUAUAGAAGAGUUGGAGAGUAGUGGAAAAUCAACAAUUUUCAGAUUCCGAAUCGAAAUCAAAGGAAGGUGGAAGAAAGAUGGAGGUGAUACUGAUGCCGUUUCACGGGCAAGGUCACAUGAACACUAUGCUUCAAUUCGCCAAACGCUUAAUUUGGAAAGGCGCUGGCAACAUCCGUGUGACCCUUGCCACCACCCUCUCCACCACCCAAAAAAUGAUCAACUCCGACAACGAAAACUUACGAUUCAUAACAACAAAGUCCAUCUAUGACGACACAGAUGAUGCCAAACUGAACUUCAAGGCCCGAUUCGACAGGUUCCAAUCCCAAGCCUCUGUCGAACUUGGACGCCUCAUCUCUACUAGGAGCAGCAGCUCAGCAGGGAAGUGUUUGCUUGUCUACGAUGCUAAUCUAUCGUGGGCGUUGGAUGUGGCCAAGCAGCAGGGUGUACCAGGAGCAGCUUUCUUCACACAGGCGUGCGCUUAUGUUGCAUCUUUCUACUCUAUGUUUCUUGAGGAGUAUGCAGACAAUCAUGAUCAUCCUGUUAUUGCUGCUGCCAAUGCUAAUGCUAAUGCUAGUCCUCCGCUGUGUGUGAUUGUGCCGUCACCGGAGGAGCUCGAGCGAGGUCUUCCUAGCCUUCUGUCGUUCUCCUCUACUGCUACUGACACGAAGCCUCUUCACCCUAUCAUCCGAAUGAUGUUGUCCCAUAUGUCUAACCUUCAUCUUGCUGACUUGGUUCUCUUCAACUCUUUUGAUAACCUCGAGGACGAGGUUGUCAAGUGGAUGGCAAAUUUAUGGCCUGUUCGGACCAUUGGACCUACACUUCCAUCGGCAUACCUUGACAAGCGUGUUGAGCAUGAUGUCGACUAUGGUUUUAACCUCUUUAAGUCAAAUAAUGACACUUGCUUGAACUGGUUGAAUGCCAAACAAGUUGCCUCAAUUGUGUAUGUUUCAUUUGGCAGUGCUGCUGCUUUGAGUGUAGAGCAGACAGGAGAAAUAGCAGAGGCGUUGAAGCAUAUCCCGAGUAGUUUCCUAUGGAUAGUAAGGGAAACUGAGCACAGCAAGCUACCUGAUAAUUUCAUUAAUGAAACUUCAGAUAAAGGUUUGGUGGUGUCCUGGUGCCCCCAGUUGGAUGUCCUGGCACAUGAAGCGGUGGGUUGUUUUGUUACCCAUUGUGGUUGGAACUCGACAAUUGAGGCAUUGAGCUUUGGGGUGCCAAUGUUGGCAAUGCCGCAAUUCAUGGACCAAAUGAUUGAUGCACAUUUUGUGGAUCAAAUUUGGGGUGUUGGAGUUAAACCCAAAGCAAAUGAAAAAGGAUUAGUUUCUCGCGAGGAAAUUACACAUUGCCUUGAAGAAAUCAUGCAUGGACAAAGAGCAGAGAAGAUUAAGGAGAAUGCGGGAAAGUGGAAAGCCUUGGCUAAGGAGGCAGUGGGCGAGGGAGGCAGCUCAGAUAAGCACAUCGAUGAAAUCAUCGACCUGCUUGCAUCAUUAUAAUGGCUGUUGCUAUCAUGCUAUGUGCUCAUAAGUGUCAUCUCCUGUAAUGAAUUUCUUUUCUCAAUUAGUUGGACAUUCAAAUAGUUAUUAACUUUUGAUUCGAGGUUUUGAACAAUCAUAAAAAGGUUGAAAAUCGCUUUUGCUA